AUGGAAGCUUCAAGCAAGUAUCCUCUUCAAAGAACAUGGGUUCUCUGGGAAAUGUGGGACACCAGAAACACUGCAAAUUUUCUAGAUAACAUGAAAAUCAUUGGCAAGUUCGAUACUCUCUGAUCAUUUUGGCAGCACUGGUCUAACCUCCCUCACGCUGAUCCUUCCUAUCUCUUUACCGAAGAAAGCAACAUGCAGAAAAACUUUGAAGGGAUGACUCAGCCUAUCGAAGCUAUUGGGAUUUUUGAAGAAAAUAUCGUCCCAGCAUGGGAAGACGAAGUAAAUAAAUUCGGGUCUGAUUUUUCUUUCAAAAGGCCUUAUAAUCGUGAAGAAAUAAAAAAUAUUUGGACCCGUCUUGCUUAUGCUUUAAUCGGAGAAACUUUUUUCAUGCCAGAACAAAUUACAGGAAUAAGGAUUGUUGAUAAAGGAAAAGUCACGAAAUAUGAAAUUUGGGUAAGAUUUGAUGGGAAGGUAGAUCCUUCUAAGAAUAGUGAGUUUGAAGCAAGAAUUAGAGAGCUUCUCCCUGGGAUUGAAAUUAACGUGACUGACCCAGGAUGGUCUUCUCAUCAUCAUAGAGUUUAA